UUAAUUCCAGACCCGUUCUCUCAGAGCCCCCCCACACCGGCGCGAGCCUGGAGGACCCCCUCGCCCUCAACAUGUCCCUCAACAGCGUCGUCAUCGCCUUCUCCGCCACCAGCACCCCCUCGAAAAUCCUCAAACGCUCCCACAACGACGUCGUCAGCAGGAACAUCACCAUGGUGCUCGAAAACCUCCUCAAAAACUACGAAAGCUCCCAGCUCCCCACGCACGGCCGAGAGCAGCCCACCGUGGUCCAGACCAACAUCCUGAUACGCAGCAUGGGCCCGGUCUCCGAGCUGGACAUGGAAUACUCCAUGGACUGCUACUUCCGCCAGUACUGGCGCGACCAGCGCCUGUCGUUUCUCGGCCCCAUCAAAUCCCUCUCGCUGUCCAUAAAAAUGCUGGAACGCAUCUGGAGACCCGAUACUUACUUCUACAACGGCAAGCACUCAUAUGUCCAUACAAUCACCGUUCCCAACAAACUCCUGAGAAUCAGCCAAGAUGGCGAUAUCUUAUACUCGAUGAGGUUAACGAUCAAAGCGAAGUGCCCGAUGGAGCUGCGUACGUUUCCGAUGGACAGGCAGUCGUGUCCGCUGAUCCUGGGGAGCUAUGCCUACACCUCCAAGGACCUGGUGUACCGAUGGCAGAACGAAGCCAGUGUCAAUUUCGUCCCGGGGAUGACGUUGUCCCAGUUUGAUUUGAUCAGCUUUCCUUACAGAAAUUUUACUCUGACGAGACGGGAAGGCGACUUCUCCGUCCUCCAAGUCUCCUUCAACCUCCAGCGCCACACCGGCUACUUUCUCAUCCAGGUCUACGUCCCCUGCAUCCUCAUCGUGGUCCUCUCCUGGGUGUCUUUCUGGAUUCACCGGGAGGCCACCAGCGACCGCGUGGGUCUGGGCAUCACAACCGUCCUCACCCUCUCCACCAUAAGCCUGGACUCCCGCACGGACCUCCCCAAGGUGCGCUACGCCACUGCCUUGGACUGGUUCCUGCUCAUGAGCUUCUUCUACUGCAUUGCGACCCUCCUGGAGUUCGCCGGGGUUCACUACUUCACGAAGGUGGGCAGCGGGGAAAUCCCCGUCGACGAGGACGACUGGGAGGACUUCAACGAGUCGGAAGAUGAGCCCGCGUCUGCAGCCGACUUGGUGGAAAAUGCCGUCAGUGCUGCCAACCGUGCGGGGAGGCGGAGGAGUUCGUUGAUUUGUCCAAUUUAUAAUAAUUCGGCCGUCUACUACACCAGCAAACGCACCUCUUUGACUUCAAACGUCCAAGUGACGCCGCCUCCAGUGCGGCUAACGAUGGAAAGAACAACGCAAACGGAAACCCGUCUACCUAAAUGGAAACAGUUCAUUUAUUGCUUGAAAGGGGAUGAUAAGUUUCGGAAACAGAGACAAAGAGAAGCGGCUUCCGCUAAUGGCGGCGAUGGCCGCCACGGCCCCCGACAUGUAAACAGCGUAAGUUUGAUAGACAGGGCUGCGAGAGUUCUCUUCCCGGCAUCGUUCGGCUUUUUCAAUCUAAUUUACUGGAUGAUUUAUUUUAUGUACCAGGAUGAUUUCAAAUGGGGAGAUAGUAAAUUGGGCUCUUUAGGUCACUAAAUGGGAUUUAUGAGGAGUGGAGUACGGGCUAAUAGCUGUUUAUGGGAGCUUCUGGAAGGCUUCAGGGAGUUAGAUGCUUCGUAUCGACACAAUUGUAUGAGUAGAAUAAAUAAAAU